UGAAUAUAUUUAUAUCUUUGAAUAAGAAUAGCCAAAUCCUUAAGCAUGCCUCACGUUAACAAGCUACCUGGUAUGUUAGUUUUGCUGCCCUUAAAUAUACCACUUGAAAACACGCUAUUUCGGUCCAGGCCUUUUUGGGGUUUCUACAUUAAUUCCUGUGUGGGACCGAAGCGUGCAUGCUGGUUUAACGGCGCGGCAGACGCAGUGUAACGCUGCAAGGUCGAAUUUUAAGAUGGGAUACAUGACAGUAGAAGACCAGAGCUCCACCCUGCUCCACCUAAAGAGAUCCCCGGGGAUCCGUUCGUGGUCUCUUCUUGUUGGUAUAGCAUCUGUUGGCUUAACAGCUGCAUAUUACAGCUCAGACAGCAUCCCGUGGAAGCUCUUCUACGUGGCCGGCUGUCUGUUUGUGGCCAUGCAGAACAUGGAGGAAUGGGAGGAGGCUGUGUUUGAUAAAACCAAGAACCUGAUUGAGCUUAAGACCUUCAGUUUAUACACUUUAGUCCUGACUCUGUGGAGGAAGGGCCAAGAAAAAGUUGUGCUGGAUCUGGACCAGCUGUGCGAUAUCUGCGUACAGGAGGAAAGGGUGCGUUAUUUGGGAAAAGGUUAUCUGCUGAUGCUGAAGCUGGCUGCAGGCUUCUCCUACCCCCUCACUCAGAGUGCCACGCUCGGGGGACGCAGUGAUGUGGAGGCAGUGGCUGCUCUGCUCAAGCGCUUCCUGGCACUGGAGGAACUGCAGAAACGUCGGCAGCAGGAGUAUGAGGCUGAGUACGGGGACGCAGAGGAUGAAGAUUCUCUAGACAAUAGCACCGACUCAGAUGAAGCAGACAAGCUGUGAUCUGUCUG